UUUGCUGCAGGUGUGAUCUGGAUCAAUCUGUAUCGCACAGAGAGGAGACAACAUCGGGAUGGACUGUCGAGCUAACAGCGAUAUGUUCUUUCUGGCUGAUGAGAAAUUUGACUUCGAUGUUUCUCUGUCACCUGCCAGCUCCAAAGGUGAUGAAGAUGAGGAUGAGGUGUUCAUGGGUCCGGUCAGCCAUACGGAGAGGUGCGUCUCUGUAAACGUGGCGUCGCAUCUUGAGAAUGUCGGCGGCGUGCGUGCGAGCUGGAGUCCUCUGAGCGGAGAUCAGCUGGACGCCGUGUGUCAGGAAGCACACAGACUGGCCGACCAGCUGCAGGACAGAAAACCCAAUCAGAGCGCCAACGGGACCGCCAACAUGGCCAACAACGUGACCGCCAACAUGGCCACCAACGUGACCGCCAACAUGGCCACCGACGUGAUCGUCAACACCACAUCUCACAGGGACGAGUUUGUCCAGGACGCUGAGGCCAAACUGGGCAUGUUGGAUCACAUCCCGAGUGCUCUGAGCCCCAUCAAACGGGAGACCUUCUGCGUGCAGGACAGUCCCAUGAAGCAGCUGCCGCCCGCCGUGCGGUGCCGCCUGCUCAAAGGAAGCAGCUCCAACACUAUGUCAUCCACCCAACCUUUAACCACCAACCCUGUGCCAUCCACCAGACCUGCUUCCACCACCCGGUGCUCCUCCGUUACCCUCCCUUCAUCCUCCCGCCCCGCAUCCACCUCCAGACUCGGCACCUCCACCUCCAUGGCGGGGGGGAAGCCUCAGCUCAGGACGGGGCUUCGGGGGAGGGCGGCACUCGGUGUCGUGCUGCCGAGCAAACCUACCGCCCCGACAACUUCCUGUUCAUCCAGCAAGAGCCAGGUGGAGAAAACCAGACUGCAACCGCCGAGACAAGUAGGAGAGACGUUUUGU